GAGGAGGAAGAGCGGGUGAGGGACCCCCCCCUCGCUCUCUGUAAGGAAGGGUGCGCGCGCUUGCUCUGGGCGGUUGCGUGACUGAUUAAAAAAGGUGGCGACUGGGACAGGAACGGCGCGCGCGCGCCCUUCGUUAAAUGACUUAUCGCUGUCGUCGGCGCGUGGUCGGAGCCGCGUCUGCCUCUCCCUUCCCUUCCCCUCCCCUCCCGCGCGCUCUCGUUUUGUCCCCUUCGUGUGUGAGUGUGCACCAGUGGGGGGAGGGGAGCGAAUGAGGCGUCUCUGCCCUCGGCCGGUUCAUUUUUGUAUCCAUCCCUUCCAUGGUUGCUGCUCCACCCCUCUGGCUGGAUAGCCUUUGCCUGCUUCAUUUAAUCUCCGAGGCCCUAGGAAAGAAAAAAAAAGGCUCGCGACGGAGGGGGUGGGAAAAAGGUGACGACCUGGCGGCGGUAGCCAGAGGCGGCAGCGGAGAGAGAGGCAGGCAGGCGGGUGGCCGAGGCCCAGAGGAGAAAGGAACGGGGAGCGGCGGCAGCUGGUGAAAUUUUCGGCGUAGUCAUCGGAACCUCCGGGACGGAUUUGAGCUGUUCGGUGUUAAAAGGACGGGAUUUAACGUGGUGUGCUGAUUGGCGGCGGCGGCGGCGUGUUGUGCGGGGAGCGCGGAGGGGAUCCUGCCCGCGCCUCCUCCCGCCUCGGCCGCCUGCAAGGAUAAUUCUCCCCUAUCUGGACCAUGGCCGACGACGACGUGCUGUUCGAGGAUGUGUAUGAACUGUGCGAGGUGAUCGGCAAACUGCUAAUGGUCUCAUAUGUCAUGUGAACUUGCAUUAAGACGUAGUUUAUGGGGUCCAUUCAGUGUUGUGCGGCGAUGUAUCAACAGAGAAACUGGGCAACAGUUUGCUGUCAAGAUUGUCGAUGUAGCAAAAUUCACUUCAAGUCCAGGCUUAAGUACUGAAGAUCUGAAGAGGGAAGCAAGUAUCUGUCACAUGCUGAAACAUCCUCACAUUGUUGAACUUUUGGAGACCUACAGUUCUGAUGGAAUGCUAUAUAUGGUUUUUGAAUUUAUGGAUGGUGCAGAUCUCUGCUUUGAAAUUGUAAAGAGAGCAGAUGCUGGUUUUGUGUACAGUGAAGCCGUAGCCAGUCAUUACAUGAGACAGAUAUUGGAAGCACUGCGCUAUUGUCAUGAUAAUAAUAUAAUUCACAGGGAUGUGAAGCCACACUGUGUACUACUUGCUUCAAAGGAAAAUUCAGCACCAGUAAAACUUGGUGGUUUUGGGGUUGCUAUUCAAUUAGGAGAAUCAGGACUUGUUGCUGGAGGACGUGUAGGAACUCCUCAUUUUAUGGCUCCAGAAGUAGUAAAAAGAGAGCCUUAUGGAAAGCCUGUAGAUGUGUGGGGCUGUGGAGUGAUUCUUUUUAUUCUGCUUAGUGGUUGUUUACCUUUUUAUGGUACAAAGGAAAGAUUGUUUGAAGGCAUUAUCAAAGGAAAAUACAAGAUGAAUCCCAGACAAUGGAGCCAUAUAUCUGAAAGUGCCAAAGAUCUAGUUCGGCGUAUGCUUAUGCUUGACCCAGCUGAAAGAAUAACUGUUUAUGAGGCACUUAAUCAUCCUUGGCUGAAGGAGCGUGAUCGCUAUGCAUAUAAGAUUCAUCUUCCAGAAACUGUGGAACAGCUGAGAAAAUUUAAUGCAAGAAGAAAAUUGAAGGGUGCAGUACUAGCAGCAGUAUCAAGCCACAAAUUCAAUUCCUUCUAUGGUGACCCCCCUGAAGAACUGCCAGAUUUCUCAGAAGACCCUACCUCCUCAGGACUUCUAGCUGCAGAAAGAGCAGUUUCACAGGUGUUAGACAGCCUAGAAGAAAUUCAUGCACUUACAGAUUGCAGUGAAAAAGACUUAGACUUUCUGCAUAGUGUUUUUCAGGAUCAGCAUCUUCAUACAUUACUAGAUCUCUAUGACAAAAUUAAUACAAAAUCUUCACCACAAAUCAGGAAUCCACCAAGUGAUGCUGUACAGAGAGCCAAAGAGGUAUUGGAAGAAAUUUCAUGUUACCCAGAAAAUAGUGAUGCAAAAGAACUUAAACGUAUUUUAACUCAACCUCAUUUCAUGGCCUUACUCCAAACUCAUGAUGUAGUGGCACAUGAAGUUUACAGUGAUGAAGCAUUAAGAGUUACUCCACCUCCCACAUCUCCGUACUUAAAUGGAGAUUCUCCAGAAAGCAUCAAUGGAGACAUGGACAUGGAGAAUGUCACAAGAGUGCGAUUGGUUCAAUUCCAAAAAAAUACAGAUGAACCAAUGGGAAUCACUUUAAAAAUGAAUGAAUUGAACCAUUGCAUUGUAGCAAGAAUUAUGCAUGGAGGAAUGAUUCACAGGCAAGGUACACUUCAUGUAGGUGAUGAAAUUCGGGAAAUAAAUGGAAUUAGUGUGGCAAAUCAAACAGUGGAACAACUUCAAAAAAUGCUUAGAGAAAUGAGAGGCAGCAUCACCUUCAAGAUUGUGCCAAGUUAUCGCACUCAAUCUUCUUCAUGUGAGCAAACACACUGGGAGAAAUACUAUAGAGAUUCCCCCUCUACAUCCAGACAGUCCCCAGCUAAUGGCCAUAGCAGCAUUAACAAUUCUAUUUCGGACUUGCCAUCAACAACACAACCAAAAGGACGACAGAUAUAUGUAAGAGCACAAUUUGAAUAUGAUCCAGCAAAGGAUGAUCUUAUUCCCUGCAAGGAAGCUGGCAUCAGAUUUAGAGUUGGCGAUAUUAUUCAGAUUAUUAGCAAAGAUGAUCACAAUUGGUGGCAGGGUAAACUUGAGAAUUCAAAAAAUGGAACUGCAGGCCUCAUUCCUUCUCCUGAGCUUCAGGAAUGGCGAGUAGCUUGUAUUGCUAUGGAGAAGACUAAACAAGAGCAGCAGGCAAGCUGUACUUGGUUUGGAAAGAAAAAGAAGCAGUACAAAGACAAAUAUUUAGCAAAGCACAAUGCAGUGUUCGAUCAAUUAGAUCUUGUCACCUAUGAAGAAGUGGUAAAAUUGCCUGCAUUCAAAAGGAAAACACUUGUUUUAUUAGGAGCACAUGGUGUUGGGAGAAGACAUAUUAAAAAUACAUUAAUUACAAAACAUCCAGACCGAUUUGCAUACCCUAUUCCACAUACAACCAGGCCACCAAAGAAAGAUGAAGAGAAUGGAAAGAAUUAUUACUUUGUAUCACAUGACCAAAUGAUGCAGGACAUUUCCAACAACGAAUAUUUGGAAUAUGGUAGCCAUGAAGAUGCAAUGUAUGGGACAAAACUGGAAACUAUACGGAAGAUCCAUGAACAGGGAUUAAUUGCAAUACUUGAUGUAGAGCCUCAGGCCUUGAAGGUCCUGAGAACUGCAGAGUUUGCUCCUUUUGUUGUUUUUAUUGCUGCACCUACAAUUACGCCAGGCAUUAAUGAGGAUGAAUCUCUUCAACGCUUGCAAAAGGAAUCAGAAAUCUUACAGAGAACAUAUGCACACUAUUUUGACCUUACAAUUAUCAACAAUGAAAUUGAUGAAACAAUCAGGCAUCUGGAGGAAGCCAUUGAGCUUGUUUGUAAAGCAUCACAAUGGGUUCCUGUUUCCUGGAUAUAUUAAACCCAAUUACCAGAAGAAUGUGAUCAUUAUUGGAAGCCACCUCAUACUUGGAAGAACCUCUUUGUUAUUGACCUUAUGUCAACAGGUCUUGGCCCCUAGAGACUACCUAGAUGUAGUGUGACCUAAAUUUAUAAUUAUUGUCAUGUCCUUAUAGCUAGGCAAAAAAUAUGAUAAUUUAAAGAGACAGUAUCUUUUUUAAUCAGUUCGCCUAAAUUUUAUUAAAAUGUAUCUUUAAAUAUAUGUAUUAUUCAAUCCUUUGGAAUGUUAUAUUUUUGGAACUCAUAGCUUUUAAUUUCAAAGGCCCCUAAAACUGCACAAAAUAGAUGCUGCUUUCUAUAAUCUAUUUUAAUAAUAAUAUGAUCUUUACUUUAAUUGGGGGUGAAACAUUGCAUCUUUUAGAGUCUCAUUUUGUGAAUUGGAUUGAGUUUUCCUUUAUUUAUUUGAAAUUAUUAGCCCAAUCAUAAUCAGAUCAGUACUUAUAUUCUAAUGGCCUUCUUCUGCUUUUUAAAAUCAUUUUUAGGAUAGCAUUUUUGAAGUAUUUUGGUUUAAUAUGCAGAUAAUGUGAUACUGUCUCUUUGAAGAACUCUGUAAAACUGAAUAGAGAUUUGAAGUUGGGUCUUGACUCUUAAUGCAUGUGGACAGUUGCAAGCGUUCAUGCCGUUGGUGUAUCUGUGUUGAAAAAACUGUAAUCUACAACCAAGUACAUUCCGUUCAUGGGGGGAAGAUACCCAAGGGAAUCAAAUAAAAUAUUAUGACUAAGUUGUAAAACCUAUGCACAUCCCUUGCAUUUUGGGCAACUUUAUAAACAAAAAUCCUAAUUUUUAUUAAUAAUCAUGUAGUGAAAUGUGUUUGUAAUUUUGUCUCAAAUUAAUUUGUUGUAAAAAUGGGAGGGGAAAAAUUACUGGUUUUGCCAUUUCAGAUCUGUGUUGUCUGAGAGUAUUACCGUUUUAAUUAUGUUUAAGCAAAUAUGCUGAUUUUUAAUAUGUAUGUAAUUGUUUUGAAAAUGCACACAUUUUAAGAGAAAAUACUGUGCAAUGAAAGAAACCCAGUUUAGGCUUUGCGAUAAAUUAACAGUUCCAAAAAUACUCAGCUGCUGCAGCCCUGUAAAUUCUUUUCAGAUUCUAUAGUCUGACCAUUUUUUAAAGUUUUAUUUUAAAUAUACUUCAUUUUAUGUGUUCAACAAUUAAAUGCCUUGAGUCAUUCAUUUCAUCAUAGGAUUCUACAACUACUUAAAAAAACAGCCAAUUUUUUGUAGAUAUUUAGAAAAAAGUUCUCUCAUCUUUGUGAUAUUUGACAUUCAUGCUUUAAUUGCAAGCUCAUUCUGCAAAUAAGGGUCGCUUUAUACAUUCAUAUAUUCACAUUUUUAGUACUUGCUUGUAUUAUAUACAUGCUGAAAAGUAUAUAUUCCCAAAACACAUUGUAAUAAAAUAAAUAUAUGGUUCAGAUAAAAUGGAUUUUCCAAAUAGCUAUGGCUCCCUGAGCUAUAUGCUCUGGUCGGGAAAAAUGCAAUUUUGGCAAUGUGUGGAACAGUCCUAAAUCUUAGAUAUGGAGCCUUAAUAAGCAAAUUUACCAUGAAUUCAUCUCAGGGUUAUUGCUAUAUUCUGAUUUCUCUAACCAAUGUCUUAGCAAGGAUAACAUCUGUUCCCCAUCAUAACAGAGGGAGAUUGUGCAUUAUCCAUUCCAGUUUGUGAUAUCUUUGUGAAUCAAAUCUCCAUGUAUCACUGGUAUUACUGUAUCUUGGACUGAUUGUUUUACAUUUUUAUUAUUUAAUAUGGAUUCUUUGCUUUUGUUAUUAAAUUCCAGUAUGUUUUUGAAAAGUGUUAUCUUCAACAUUGCAAUACAGAAGUAUUAUUUAUUAA